UCCUCCUGCUGCUGCUGCUUUCAUGCUCCACCCAUCCACACACCACAACCAUGCACAGACACACUGAGCAGAAGUGAACGGAGCGGGUGUGAUCGGGCAGGACUGAUGACGGAGCCAGACGAUGGGAUGUAACGAGUCUCUAAAUAAUUAAUUGAAUCCAAUAAGACGGACAGGUUGGCGUGAUCAUGCAGACAAUCAAGUGUGUUGUGGUUGGCGACGGCGCCGUGGGGAAGACCUGCCUCCUCAUCUCCUACACUACUGGAGCCUUUCCCAAAGAGUACAUCCCCACUGUGUUUGACAACUACAGCAGCCAGGUGACAGUGGACAGCAGAAUCAUCAGCCUGAACCUCUGGGACACGGCGGGCCAGGAGGAGUACGACCGCCUGAGGACGCUGUCGUAUCCGCAGACCAACGUCUUCAUCAUUUGCUUCUCCAUCUCAAGCCCAGCAUCCUACGAGAAUGUCAAACACAAAUGGCACCCUGAGGUGUCACACCACUGCCCUGGCGUCCCCAUUCUCCUGGUGGGCACCAAGAGCGACCUCCGAAACGACGUAGACACCCAGAGGAAGCUGAAGGAGCAGAACCAGGCGCCAGUCACUCAUCACCAGGGCGUGGCGCUCGCCCGCCAGAUCCAAGCCGUGCGCUACCUGGAGUGUUCCGCCCUCAAUCAGGACGGCAUCAAGGACGUGUUCACCGAGGCCGUCAGGGCCUUCCUCAACCCAGAGCCCAUCGUCACCAAGAGGCCUUGCGUGCUGCUCUAAGAACCAAAACACCGACUGGACUGAACAGGUCUCAUUUGUGCUUAAGAGACUUGUUUUUAUCUUUUAAAAAUGUGAUUAGGAUUUUUUUUUUUGUGAUUUGUCUAUAUAUGGCCUGAGAUUGGCUGGCGACCAGUCCAUGGUGUAACCCGCCUUUCGACCUUAGUAGACUGGUUUAGCCUCCAGCUCAACACAUGACAAGCGCAAUACAAAAUGGAUGGGUGGAAUUAUAAAUAAUGACUGGAAAUAAAAAUAUUAAUUCUAUAUCAGGUAAUUUAAGUGGGUCUUCAAAAUUGACCCCACCCACCUCAAAAUGAGCCAGCAGAACUGUAUGAUUUUCUCCUAUCAGUAAAUAUUGAGAAAUGUAUGAACAUUUUCACAAAAUCCGAUCUUUUGUAAUAUAUUUUUCUAUGGAAAUAAAGACUAUACAGUAAUAAUAGAUUGGGGGGUGGGUGAUCACAAGUGAAGAAAGUCUUUCAAUAGUGCCCUGAAAUUUAUUCCCUGAGAUGAAAUACAUAUACUUAUACGUUUGAAGUUGAAAUGAAAUGUUUCCGGUGAAACAUUGUCUCAGAAUCUCUUUGAUUGUGAAAAAUGACAAACAACAAGAGUUCCUGCAGAGGCCUUUGGGGAGGAAGAGCCGACCGGAGAUGGCAUGAAUUCUCCUACGUUUACGGAUGUCACCUUUUCCGCCGCGGCGACUCCUCGGAGGCGGGAAGCCGUUUCCUCUUCCUGUCUGUAGACUCUUUCCCUUUCUUUCAAGCCGUCGUCGAGCUGUCAGAGGAACCUAAGGCCCGCCAUGUAGUUAUAAAACUAACUGCUGUUACAAAAUGACCGAAAAUACCCAUAAUAUAUCAGAAUAAAUAUUUGUUUGAUCUUUGCGUGA